UUAAUAUUUAACUUUUUUAAUAAAAAAAAAAAUUCACAAUUUGUCAAGAAAUCAAUUUUCUACUUUUUGGAAUUUGACUAUUGGGCAUCUACAAACUGGACAUACAUUGCAUAAUUCAUCUCUUGAAUUUUCAUAACAGUAAUCACAUAAACACAUAUGAGAGCAUGGAAUCAAUAGGACUGAAGGUUUGAAACGUUCAAGACAUAUUGCACAUUCUAAUGAUCUAUACAUUUUAUCUGUAAACAAAUAAUAAUUAACUAAAUAUAAUAAAUAAAUUUGUAUAUUAAUACCUUUUGAUGUUCUAAAUUUACGACUAGAUGAUGAAGAUGGACCAUUAUGAAGUUGGCGGUUUGGAUUGUCAGCUACAUCAAACAUUUGGCAAACAAAUCCCCCAAGAACAGUACCUAAGAUGAUUUGUUUUAUACAUUUGCACAAUUAUAAAAUUAUGUAAGCUUACCUAAUAUUGACCCAAGUUUUCCUCCGGCUAGAAAACCAAAAGCCGUAAGUCCUCCAAUUACAAUUAUUUUUUUGAUAGUUGAUGGCAUUUUAAUAAUUUAUAGGAACUUAAAUCCUAAAUCAAAAUGUAUAAUAAAUAUUAAGAAUGGAACAAAAUAAUUUAAAUACCUAGAAUACCUAUUUUGUAUGGUUUUUUUUAUUUAUAUUUUUCUAAUUAAUUAGUCAUUUGUAGAUAUGAACACAUAUGAGCACAAUGUUCACAUAAACAAUAUUUUUCGAACGUCAGUCAUAUAAAUAUUAUCAAUCAAAUUAAUUUGAUACUAUUACUACCUUUAAAUGACAUGUCAAUAAAUAUCUUCUAAAAUAAAUUAUUGUAAUAUAAGAAUAUAGGAAUAUUGAUCAUUUCCAAAUAGUUAUAAAUUGACAAAGUAGACAGUAGGUAAGUACCAAUAAUAUCAAUGCUCCUGUGUAUCCUACUGUAAGGAUAAAAAUGAAACAAAUUCUUCAAAAAGUAUAUAGAUCUUAAUAUUAUGGGUCCAAGUUGAUAAAUUUAGUAACUAAAAUUUCAACUAUAUUGAGUUUUUAAAUAAUUUAUUUGGAAUAAAAUUCUAUAUGUCAUUUUUAUUUUAUAAAUUAUUAAUUAUAACACAAGACACAUUGUCAACUUUUUAGUAAAGAAUAAAAUAUAUGUAUUUUUAUGUACGAUUCAAUGUUCUAAGUUGAUCAAGCAAUUAAUAAUUGUAUACAAAUUAAAGUGUAAGCAUGAGGCUCAUAGUAUAAUAAUGGUGUUAAAAAAUAUGUGUACCAAUGACGAUUAAAAUAAGUUUUUGAAUGAAAUUCAAUUAACAUCUUAAAUAUAUUUAUUAAAUUUAUAAAAUAAUUAACUAUUAGUUUUUAAUUUAGAGAGAAAAAUAUUUACAUUUAAAAUAAAAAUAUGAGCAAAGUUGAUAAAAAAUUGUUUUAUUCUUAAAAGUAAAUUUGUAAACUAUGAAAAAAUAAUUUAAUGUAUCUUCAGGGCUGACUAAGAUCACUGGGACACCAGGAAAUCUCUUGGUAGGCCACAAUUGAAAUGAGUUUGACUAGUUCAAACAAAUUUGGUAAUGUCAGGUGCAGUUAGUAAAUAACCAAAAUAGGUGACCUAACGAGUCAUACAACACAAGAUAUGAUUUAGUUGAUCCGUUAAACUGUGAAAUAGUGUGCAAAGAGCAGGAAAUAAACGUUCAGGGGUUGCUAUACAGUAUUAAAGGGCUACAGUACGCUAUUGAGGGGCCUUUAAUAUGCAGUCAUCAAUUGCAUAAGUUCAUCUUAAGAGUCUGUAAUGGUUGCAGUAAGAUAUAAUGAUUAGCCAGUAAGGAUACUUUCAAAGGAAAGUAUUUCACUUAUUUACACAAAUAAUAAAAUAUCAAUUUACAUAGUGCAGUACAUUAAAAUUGAUUAUUAUUGCAAAAUAUGAGAGUGAAAAACGAUACAUUACCAGAAAUUAAACGAAGUUAUUGAUUAAAAUUUAAAAUGAAGUAGUGAAAUUUGAUGUAGGAUAGAAAAGCUAUAUAACUAUAACUAGUAAAAAUAAUAAUCUAAAAUCCAAAUAAAGUGUAAACAUAAUACAAUAAUAUUUUGUGAUAUUAUCACGAUUAUAUAUAUUGUGGUUAAGGGGCAGUUGUUCAAAAUGAUAAAGACAAAUAAUAAAGGACCGAAAGCAUAAUUUCUAUACCUAUAUAUUUUGAACUUGUAAUAUUUAAAUACUAUUUAAUUGUAAUAUUGCUGAGUUUGGAGUAUUUAGUUGUAGACGAAGCGAACGGAGAAAAUUAAUCAAAAAUUACCCUUGAUUUAUUAUACUAAAUGCAAAAAUCGUAGCAAUUUAUUUCGUCUGUUCUGUGUGGUUUGUUAAUAUAGUGUAUAUUAAUAUGCGACCGGGUUGGGUUUCUGAAAAAGGUUCUUAUCAUUUUUCGAACAAUUGCCAUAGUAAUAAUUCGAAAUGGUAUGUGUUGACCUAUAGAUAAUUAAUAAUUAUAAUAAUUAAAUAAUUUUUAUACCUAAUACAAUUAUAAAUUAUUAAAUAAUAAUAAUUUAUUAUCUAUGUGUUGACCACAAUUAAAGAUCUUGAGUAAAACAUACGGUAAACUUACUAUGGUCCAAAAAUACAUCUGAUAACUGAUAGCUUUAUUUAUUAUUUUAAAUAAAGAAGUAAUAUUAUUAUUGUUAUCAGAUGUCUUUGUCAACCUCGCGUACUGAACACUGAAUAAUUAGAUGAAUUUAGGUGAUUAGGUGAUCCAGUAGGACGAGCUAGAUGUGGUGUUACAGAAGAACAGUGACACUAUAAAGAUAAUUAACUAGAUAGUGUCCCGAUCGAGACACGCAUUAAUUUUUAGGAGUAAAAUUGGAUUGAUAUCUGGCUUUUGUUUAGUUGACGUUUAAAUAUUGUACCAGUGUUAGUUAUAAUUAAUAUGGCCCAAAGCUCAAGCCUGUGGACGACUAAACAACGGAUUCGUCAUUUAGACUUGCCCAUCAAAAAUUUUAUUGACAAUGCAAUUCCUUACCAAGUGGAAACGUUGAAAACGUUAAAGUCAAAUCUUGUGAAGGUAUGUGUUUCGUCUAAAGUAACUUAAUAAUGUUAUUAAUUAUGUAUUUUAUAAUUAUAAUAUUGUUAUAGCAAAGACGAUUGGAAGAUCGAAGCAGUAUACGUCAGUUACAAAUGAAAGCUUCACAAUCCAUUAAACGUGCCCGAGCAUUACUCAGAGAAAUGGAUACUUUGAGAAACCAAGUUGCUGAUGUUGACCUACAUACUUUUGACAGCUUAAUGAACCCAUCUAGACGAUUAUUAUUGGAUGCGAUUGACAUGUUCAAGAGUAAUUUAAUUAUUUCCAUUAUUUAUUAGGUACUGAUUACCUAUACUGUUGAUUUUAUGUUUCAUAAAUUUAAUAGGUGAAAAUCUAGAUGAGAAACAAUCUGUUAUUAAACCUGAAGACAAUUACCCAGAAAAUAGUGAACAAUUAGAAGUAGAAAAUCAAAAACGUAUGCUUUUAAUAGCUAUUGAAGAAGAAAAACAAAAACAAAAAAAUGUACUUGCAAUUGAAUCUGAUGUCAAAAAUGUCGAAAGAGACAUGCAAGACAUUCAAGAUCUAUUUCGUGAUCUAAGUAAAUUAGUAAAUGUAUGUAUACUAUAUAAUAAACCCAAUACAUUACAUAUUGUCACACAUAGUAUGUGUUAUUAACUAUUAAUUUUUUUUUUGUAACAUCAAUUAAAAAUUAUUUCCACUUGAUCUAAAAUUAUAUUCAUACAAUUAAAUCAUUGAUUUGUUUAUCAAGUAUUCAAGAUAAUACUUCAUUAUUACCAGAAAUUAAAUAUUUGAAUGUAUAAAUGCCUAAUAACUAUUAAUAAAUGAUAAUAUUUUUGGAAUGAUUCUAGUUCAGCUUCUUCACUUGAACUAUUUUUUAAUUUUAUUUCUAGUUUCAAAUGUGUCGAAAAUAUACAUUAAAGGUGUUAAAAAAACUUUAACUAACUUCGUUUGAUAGUUAUGGGGAAAAACUUUAUAAGUUAUUUUUUUUCUGUUUUAUGUAUUUCUUAAUUAAAAUUUUAUAUUUUUUUAAUUUUAUUUCCAAAAUAUGUGUUUUUUAUUACUUUUAACCCAUUGGUAUAAUCAAAACUUACUAUCAUACUUACUUUUAUGGUUUUUCUACAUAAAUCUUGAAAACUAAUCUCUAUCGGUAUUAAUCCAAAAUGUGGUCAAAAAUAGACAAUUUUAUUAUUAUUAUUUGUAGUGAUUGAUAUUUGGAUAAUAAAAAUUUUUUUUAAGUUAGAAUAAGCUAUCUGAAUUGAUUAUUGUGUAAAAUCAUGUCGCGUAAGACACAGGGUAUAACCAAAUGCUUUUUAGGUGAACCUAGAGACCGGCAGGGGGCACUCGCUUACUAUGUUCACUUGGUUUGUUUUAAUUGAAAAUAAUCAUUGAUUUGUUGUGCAAAACCACAUCAGGUAGGACACAGGGUAAAAUCAAAUGUUUUUGCAUUAUUUAUACCAGUUCCAAUACUAACAACUUACAACUUACUGUGGUGUGGAAUGCGGAGAAUGACUUGCUAUACCUGCCGCCAAUUUUAGAUCUACCUCUCACAAUUUAUUUUGAAAAAUAUUAUAAAAUUCUAUCUAAGAAAUAUGGAAAAUACAAAGCCUAACUUUUCCCCAUAUUUCCCAAACAAAGUCAAUCAGACUUUUUUUUUACAUUUUUAAUGUACACAUUAAAACAUUUUGAAAAACAAAUCUCUUAAGAGCUAAACUAGAAUUAUACUAUAUUUAAUGUACUUCUUAAUUAAUUCUCUAAUUAAUUUACUUAUUCUUCUCAUAAGCUCUACAGACCAUGAUGGCCCUUGGUUUCCAAAUGUGUUUACUAAUUAUGUUUAAAUAAUUAAUUAUUAAUAUAGGAACAAAAAGAAGAUGUUGAUAAGAUUGAAACUCAUGUUGAAUCAGCUCAAGAAAAUGUUAUUCAGGCUGAACAAACGUUACGCAAAGCAGCAAAAUUAAAAAAAAUGUCUUAUCCACUUAUUGGAGCUGUUGUUGGAUCAUGUGUUGGAGGUCCAUUAGGAUGUUUAGCUGGAGCCAAGGUUGGAGUAUUUGCCACUGUUACUUGUUUUGUAUUAGGUAAAAUAUAAUAAUACAUCUUUAUCUUAAUUUUAAUAAUAACUUUUAAUUAAAUUUGUAUGAAUAUCCACCCGUGUAACUGGUAUUUAAAAUGCUCAAAAUAUUCUCAAUAAAACAGUGAAUAGUUUAUAUUAUAAUAUAGUAAUCUAUAUUUGAAAUUUAAGGGAGAAAUGUUUUGAAUUCAAUAUUUCAAUUAGAUCAACUUAAAUGGAUCACUAUGCAUACAAAUAUUGUACAAAAUAAUUGUCAAAUUAUUGAAUAUCAUAAAUUAACAACAUGUAAUUUGUUAUAUAUUUUUUUGUUUGCAAUUCUUAAAUAAUAUUAAAUUUAAAUUUUAACAAAAGUUAUAUAGCAAUUUGCUUAAAAAAUUAUUACCUGCUUUGGUUUUAACAAUAUUUAGUCUUCGUUUUUAGAAUUUAUCAUAUUUUAUUUAUUUAAAUUUAACUGUUAAAAUGUCUAUUUUCAACAUAUAUAUAUUUGUAAUAUUUUUUUUCUCAGUUUGAAAUAAUAAACUAAUUGUUUUAUUUAAACUAUACAGGUUUUACAGGUGGUAAAGUACUCAAGGAUAAAUCUAAUGAAGAAACAGACAAUAUUUCUAAAGAUUUACUUAAUCAAACUGUAAAACCACAUACAGAAUAACACUUGUAUACUAUAUUUUCAGUUGAAUUUCAUGACAAAAACAAAAUGAUAGGGAAUUAGUUUGACUGACAUUCAAUAAUUAUUAAUUUUAUAUAAAUUUAUUAUAUUUU